AUGGCACGAGAAGACGUUGCGUUCCAGACCUCGGACGCGGUAACCCUUCGUGGCUGGUUCUUCAAGCCCCAGCAUGCCUCAUCAGAACCUCUCCCGUGCAUCAUCAUGUCCGGCGGAUGGGCAGUGCUCAAAGAAAUGGGCCUGGACAAGUUUGCGCAAUACUUUGUGUCCAACCUUGCAGUAUCAUGUCUCGUUUACGACCACCGAGGGUUUGGCGAAAGCGACACCAAAGAAGGCCAGCCUCGCUCCGAGAUCCUGCCUGCGCAACAGACGAGCGAUCUCUCGGAUGCCAUCACAUACGCACAACUAAGGCCCGAUGUCAACAAGGACAAGAUAGGCAUCUGGGGAAGCUCAUACAGCGGCGCUCACUGUCUAUGGGUCGGAGCAGUGGAUAGAAGAGUCAAGGUGGUGCUGGUACAGGUCCCGGUGACAGAUGGAUGGGCGAGUUUCCACCGCUUCCAUCGUGACGACGAGAUUAAACAGAUCAACAAAGCUUUGGAAAAAGAUCGUCUCGCCCGCGGCGCAGGAGAAGAACCCGGUAGAAUCCCCAUUAUCGACGCCGACCCGCACAAACCUCAAGUGUUCCCCACCAGAGACUGCUAUGAUUUCUUCACCGAGUGGGACAGGAAACUGCUCGGGAAAUGCAGAAACAACGUGACAGUCAAGAGUCUGGAAGCGCUCCGUGAAUAUUACCCUUCCGCCCACAUCCAUCGCAUCUCGCCAACACCGCUUCUUGUCACCCUGGCCUUGGAUGACAAUCUGACUCCCCCCGACAUGGUAUUGGAGGCCUACUCGCGGGCCCGUGAGCCCAAGGAGCUGCAAUUUAUCCCUGGAGGGCAUUUUGAUGCCUAUGACGGAGAAAUAUUUGACGCCAACGCCAGAGGUCAGCUCGAGUUUUUGAAAAAGCAUUUUCUUAGAAUCUAA